UGUAAACUCUUCAGUAGCUCUCCAAGGGGUCUCUGCCUCAGUGCGUAAAGUUGGGACGGGGCUCCGGACGCGCAGCACUUAUUAUCUCACAGGCUCCAUGUGCGUCACCUCUGCGGGGUACUUAACGUAAGGAUUUCUGAUAUUUUGAUCCCACAACCCGCGCGGGUCACUGACAGAUGAAAACACGGGCGUUUUUGCUGAUGUGAAGGCGAUUUCCCUUAAAAGGAUCAUCUGUCCCGGAGCGCAGAGGGGACAUGGGUCAACUUUAUGGUGCGACUCUUUUACCAUUUGGCGCUAUCUGUGUUAUUUUCCUGUGGGAAUCUGGUGCCAGCUCUAUCAGGACGACGCUUGCUGUAGACAACUCGGGAACGGAGUGUCCGGAUAAUAAGAUCUUGACCGUGGAGUAUCCCUGUGUCAGAGCUGGGGGAAAGAACAGCACUUGUUUCAGGAGGAAAUGCUGUGAUGGAUUCAGGUUUGUGAUGGGCCACUGCAUACCUGAAAGUGUAGAUGUGUGUGCGGCAUCGCCCUGCGAGCAGCAGUGUACUGAUAACUUUGGACGAGUUGUCUGCACAUGUUACCCCGGCUAUCGCUUUGACCGAGAGAGACACCGCAACCACAAGUCUCCUUACUGUCUGGACAUUGAUGAGUGUGAGCACCCAGGCAGCAGCAUGUGUGACCAUGAGUGUGUGAACACAGUUGGCAGCUUCCUGUGUCGCUGUCGCAGUGGCUAUAUACUCGCACCGGACCAGCGCUCCUGUAUUCCUGUACACAACUUGAGUUCAUCGGGGAAGUCAGACACCCUGAUGAGUGCUGGUACCUGCUCGUUCACCUGUCAAGAUUUUAUGAACAUGAAAAACAGUCUGCUGCAACUAAAACUGAGGCUGGGCAACACACAGUCACCCAACCAGGUACCCAGCCUGGCCAACAGCAGUGAUAAGCCACAUCUGGGGAGGGCAGGAAAAAGUCCUGAUAGUUCUUGUCUUCCUGGUCUACCUGGCCCUCCAGGAGCUCCCGGGGUCCCAGGGCACCCAGGAGAACCAGGGAAGAGAGGGGACCCUGGUGACAGAGGCCCUCCUGGCCCUCGGGGUCCUCGGGGAGACAUGGGACCCAUGGGUCCAGAGCCUGACCUGAAGCACAUGAAAAGAGGUCGCAGGGGGCCAGUGGGACCCCCUGGUGCUACAGGAAGAGAUGGACUAAAGGGUGACAGAGGAGCACCAGGUCCCAGAGGUCCACCUGGACCACCCGGCUCCUUCGAUUUCCUUUUGCUAAUGAUGGCCGACAUCCGUAAUGACAUAAUUGAACUGCAGGAGAAGGUGUUUGGGGAGCGGCGAGGCAUCUCUCUGGACAGUCCUCCUCAUUCCAGCGGGGAAAUGGAUUUUGUCGAGUGGGGCUCUGGACAAGGAGACCUCCUGCUGAGUACCUGACCUCUGACAUCCCGCACACAGCUACAGCCACUCAAACUCAGCCAGACAAACACCAAACUUGACUUCUUGUUUCUUCAUUGAUAAAGGACACUGGUGGUACAAUGUGAAUAAUCCCAAACCACACAGCUGGGAGAAACUGGACAAGGAGCCUUGAUUACACUCUGGACACUGCCACAGACAGUAAAACAGAGAGAUACAAGGACUGAAAAUUGGACUCUUCUAACCGCAGCAAGCGGAGUCUGGCUGCCUUUUCAUGUGCUGUGGCUUGAGCGAGGGAUGUGUGUGCAGGACAUAGAGUGAGAAUGAUGCAUUGUGUGCCUUUAUGUCUGAGUCUCUAAGCUGUGCCUCUGAGCUCAACCACUUCAAACGAGGAACUUUAUCGUCUACAUCUCUUCCCGUUCCUGAGUCUGCCCAUGGAAGCUCUGCUGCCACUGACAGAUUGCCUGCAGGGCGUUGGUACAAAGACCCAAAGACCCGCAUUGUGAGCCUCCCCUGCACCUGCCUGCAGUAUCCAGACCUCAAGUCUAAGCUCUGCAGCUCUUCUCUACUCUGAGGCAUCUUCACGAAAAUUCACAAUAUUCAUGAGUAUUACAAUGCCAAUUCUGUACUGUUUGGACAAAAAAGCAGUCAUGUCUGGUGUAUUUUCCAAACUAUUAAAUCAAACAACUUCAGUUCAAGUAUGAUACACAAAAAAACAAACUUGUUUAUCAGGUAUUUUCCAGAGAUGUUAAAUUUGUAAGACAUGUUUUGGAAGUAAAUUUUAAAUAAAUGGAAGCUGCUUUUUUGUGCUCCUUGGAAAUAACACGCAGCAUAAAAUAUUACACUCAGCGGUUGUAAACAAUCUGAACUUUACAUUGAAAGGUAUAGAGAGGCAGAGAAUCACUUUUUAUGAUGACUGUUAUAACGCAUGUGUUGUCAGGCAAGUUGACUGUGAACAUGUUCUCAAUAAAUAGAUGUUUCAGAGUCACAUAAACUCAUACUCUUACUUGGGAGUUGACCAAAGAGACAUAAAGAAGGACGGCUGCUUAAGAGGUUUUUACUGUGAAGCAGCUGUCAACAUGGGCUAACUCACUGCUCAAUAAUUGUUUGUCCUAAUCUACAUCUGUUUAAUAUUUUUUUUUAUUUUUUAUUGAAUGGUUUGUCGAAUUAAAGUACAUGUGCUCUGGUGAAGCAUGGCAAAGGUGAGUGCAUAUUGUGUCAUGCAGUUCAGUAUUUGAAAUAAAAACAGUAAAAUAAAUAACCAUAAAUUAACCAAUUAAAGAUACAGUUUGGCAUUUUGAGUGAAUAUGAGGAAUUGCUGUCUUGCAGAGUGUAAGAUGAGAAUAUACCACUCAUGUCAGUCCAUUAAAAAAAGAAGCUACCACUAGCUGCCGGUUAGUAAAGCUUAACUUAUAGACUGAAAACAACAGUUAACAAGGUAGACUCGGGUUUUUGCAGAUUAAACAAACACAGCCCUUUGGCCAGAGUCAAAUGUUGGCAUUGUACGUUUCUGCAAACCACGGGUAUGUUACAUUUUGCAAGUUUCAUACGUAUCAUAUCAACCUUUCUAAAGUGACAUAGGCCUUUACAAUUUUUUUUUCUUGCCUAAGCCCCACCACAUGUUAACCACAGCAAUACCCUAAUAUAAACAUAUGAAAUGUAUAAUAUAUGAAAUGUACAAAUUUAAUAUAUCCAUGGCUUGCAGAAACUUAUGACAACAUUUAUUGUUGAUACGGGGUUGCAGGUUGACACAAGAGAUAGCCAAAAAUGCAAUUAGCUUUAGAGGGGCUGGUACACAGAUUUUUGUUUUCUUUUGGACAGAGCCAGACUAGCUGUUUCAAGUCUUUACGCUAUGUUACGCUUAGCUAACCACCUGCAGGAGGUAGUGUCAUAUUAACAAUAUAUGUAAGCCUUUGUCUGUUGAAUAAACUGGAGCUUCUCGCUAGCCUGAUUCUAUCCAACUGAAACAGAGUCUGUCAACUAGUGACUCCUCUGAAUGUUUUUGUGUAGAUUAAACAAAUAAGAUACAAUAUGUUGAAAAGUUUUCAUUCUCUAGCAGAGAUGAGAAGAUCAAUUAACUAACUGCAAAAUCUCGCACUUUACCUGUAAGUGCCCAGUACAGUGGUUUUACAGUCAUCUGGGCACCAGCUUGUUGACACUUCAGUGACCACACUACAGUUAAUUAAACUAAGCUGGAGAUAUGCAUAUAACCUUCAGAAAUGUCUCUCUUACUCAUAAUUACCACUAGGUGAUAUGAUGUUUUUAUCCCAUUUGACUGUUAUGUUUUAUACAGUGUGAUGUGAUAGCCCUAAAAAAUCUGUUGGAAAUGCAGUUCAGUUCACCACUAUAAAACAGUGAUUGAAGUGAUUCUUUGCAGCUGUUCAAAAGACAGGUAUAUCGAUUCAGGAACCUUCAUUUAGGAUCUGCAGCAGCCUGUAUGUGUAUAUGUCCAUGAGAGCACAGUUAAGUGCAUUCUCACAGACAGUCUCUUGCUAUAGGCUACAGCACUGCUCACAUGCACAAUGCAUAUCUGUUAUUACAGUGGACAGCUCAAGUAGAUUAGCUGGGGCUCUAAUGUCUUGAUUGAGGGAAUUUUUAUUUGGUCAAAGCAUUAAACCAUUAAUGCCAUUAGCAGGUAAAAAAAAUCUAAGAGAUUCAGCAUUUCAAAUCCCACAAUUUUCUCCAACUUCUUUAUUUCUGCUACUAAAUGCAUUUUGCUCUGCACCUGCUACCUGAAUUCAAGUCUCUCCACCAGCAGAGGGUGCUAAGUGACAGAUAAUCCUCCUGAAAGUUAGGCCACACCACUGAAUCACUAAAUCACCAGCCAGGUGAGACAGCUCACGGCUUUGACAGCAUUACAAACAGUUCAUAAUAACCAUCCAGAAAUAUUAAUUGUUUCCCAAACACGUAAGUUAUGUAAAAGGAGUAAAUCAUGCUAGAAUUUAUGUGCGAGGCACAUGCCCCUGCUCAUUAUCCUCAGCACUGUUGAACUGUAGCGUGACUGACUGUCAUUAUGAAAGGAGUAGGUAUCAGAGGUGAGAGGUCAAAUGCCGGGGUAUAAACAGCUGGAGGGAUGAUUAUAGACCACAGGCUGUUAGAGGGGGCCUGUCUGGACUCGUACCCACCGACGAAGAGAAGGUUGAAAAAUAACACGCUGCAGUGUUUGAUCUGCUGUGCGAGAGUUCACCCUGUCUGGCCUUUUGCUGUGUUUGAUGUUUUGAUCCUGAGGAGCAAAUCUCAGUAAAUUCUGUUGUGCU